CGGAUUCCCCUCCCGGCGCGGCGCGCGGCCGCGACACGCCGGUUCCGUCCGUCUGGCCGUGCGCCCCCGCGCCCGUCCCCGGGAUUUAAGUCGCCUUUAAACCCGGGGGGCGGGGCCUGCCUCUCGGCGCUGGGCGCCUCCCCGCGGCUCUUCCGCCUGCCAAGGGCGCCCGUCCUUGCAGAGUUCGUGCUCGCCAAGCUCCGGUGUGGUUAGGGAGGGGUCCGGGCCCCACCGAGCUGCUAGUUGGCCGGUGUGACCUGCAACCUGGACACCUGCAGCCUGGGCGUGCCACCCGCUGACCAUGCCCGCGGGCGUGCCCUGGCCCACCUACCUGAAAAUGCUCGCGUCCAGCCUGCUGGCCAUGUGCGCCGGGGCCGAAGUGGUGCACAGGUACUACCGGCCCGACCUGACCAUACCUGAAAUUCCACCCAAGCCUGGAGAACUCAAAACGGAACUUUUGAGACACAAAGAGAGACAACACGAACCUCAAAUUUCACAGCAGUAGAAACUCCGAACUCUGUGAAUAGCACUACAUGUUUUUAAAUACGUUUAUAAAACCUCUAAGGAGCCAAACUAUUUUUGUCCUUUCACCCCGAAUCCGAUGCUGACUGCAAGUGGGGGGUGCUCGGAUAGGCUGAUACUUAACUCUGAUUCGUCCAGAGUCAGCCUUGUCGCAUACACGCCCCCAGAGCAUGAGAGCGGAUGUGGUUUCUAGAUGAUCUUGAGUGUGAGAAUGAAAGUUUGUAACUUGCCUCCAGUGGCGAAGAGAAAUGACAAGUUAAUGACAAUAAAAGUGACCUUUGGUAAUGAAUGCCUAACAGUAUAAAGUUAAUAUUUCUGCAAAAAUUGAGAAGCGUAGUUUGUACUCAGCCGAAUUUAAGCAUUUCAGGGGUAGGGCAGGGGCUUAGAGCAAGCGUGUGGUCAUGAGUCCAACCCCCUGUGCUAUCGCCUGUGAAACCCUGGCCCUCCGCCGUGUGUGAUUCCUGGUGCUGUCUGGUUCCCGAAUGCUGCCACAGCCAAUUCCGGCUGCACCGUAACCUGCUGUGUCUGACCAACGCAGGGAGCGUCGUGACUGCUGGCAGGCACCGCAGCUGAAAGACUGUCUGAGCACUGAGACCUGAGAGAACCGCCUCUGGGGAGCACCGUGACCGGGAGAACCUCCUCUGCUGAGCGCCACUCCAUACUCCGCGACCCCCUGGGAGGCACACGUGCAAGCACCCCAGCUAAGCUGAGCCUCAAUGAGCACAGCCUGUCGUGUCACCCACAGUGAGCCCCAGAACCAGGCGGGGGCAGACCCUGCUCCUCACAGCAGUCAGGGAGCGAAGGAGUGAAGAAGCGCAUUCUCAAUUCGAAGGGAGGAAGGGGGUGUGUAAAGGAUGAAAAAAUACAUUUUCAGUUUGAAGUUAUUGCGUGUGUGUGUUGGUUGGGGUGUCGUAUGUGUGGUUUAUGUGGGGUGUGUGUGUAGACCCAGAAUCCCGAAGUUGGGAGGUGUGUGUGUGUGUAUGUGUGUGUGUGUAGACCUGGGGUCCAGACACGGAACAGUGCCCUGAGAGAGAGAGAGAGAGGAGAGAGAGACAUUGCCCUGAGAGAGAGAGAGAGAAUGUGUGUGUGUGUGUGUGUGUGUGUGUGUGUGUGUGUGUGUGUGUGUGUGUGUGUGUGUGUGUGUGUGUGUGUGUGUGUGUGUGUGUGUGUGUGUGUGUGUGUGUGUGUGUGUGUGUGUGUGUGUGUGUGUGUGUGUGUGUGUGUGUGUGUGUGUGUGUGUGUGUGUAGACCUGGGGACCAGACACGGAACACUGCCCUGAAAUUGUCUGCUGCAUUUCUGUUCAUCCCGUUAAACGAACACCCUCAGAUAAGUCAAAGUCUAACCCAGAGAGAUCAGCAUCAUUAGGCACCUGACUGAGGACUGUUCAUGUCCUUUCAGCAAUUACUAGUUCUAAGCGACUGAUACUGCUGGUGGCGGACAGUCAGGGUCCUUUUCCUUUCCUUUCUGUCUCAGUCCUUGCGGCACCUCUGUUUCAGGCCUGUUCACCAGGGCUGGUCCCUGUUGUGUGUGGAGGAAGGGGGAGGCGGGGGUACUCAGGGGUCGUACCCAGCUGUGCUCAGGGCUUACUCCUGACUCUGUGCUCAGGAAUCAUGCCACCAUGUGGGCGUCCAUGGUGCGGGUCGAAUGGCCUGUCUUCUGGAUCUCUUUGGAGUUUGAAGUUCAUUUGGAAUUAAAUACACAACAUUUUGUUGUGAUUUGGAUUCUCACAGAUUCUUUUCCCUUCAUUUGAGAGACCUGAUGGCAUUAAAAUUUUUUCCCUUGGUUUUUGGGUCACACUCAGCUGCACAGGGUUCAUUGGUUCGACGCUCAGGGAUCAAUCCUGGCAGUGCUCAGGGGACAAUGUGUGGUGCUGAGAAUGGAACCUUGGUUGGCUGCAUGCAAAGCGAGAGUCUUAACCUCUGUGUCCUCUGUGACCUUGCUUUUUUUUUUCUCCUUUCCUUAAUAAAAAAAAAAGUUCACUUAACAGUAAACCUUAACGAAUACUGCUCUGGGUUGAAUUGUAUCCCCUGUCAGAAGAUGUCCAGCCCCUUGGGAAUGUGCUUUAUUUGGAACUAAGGUCUUAACAAAUGUAAUCAAGAAUCUAAUAGGAUGGGCACUUGCCCCUCUUUAGUCUGGGUAAGAGAGAAACGCCAGAGAUGGACAUAGGGAGAAUGUCACAUGACAACAGGCAAAGGUGUGAGGAGCAUGUCCCCAGGUUGGGGAAGCACAGAAAUUUGAGGGCCUAUGGAAAGGAGGAAGAGCUAAGGAUUCGAUGUGGUCACCCUGUUCGUGUUUAGAUUUCUGACUAGAACCCAGGACUUGGAGAGGAUGAAGCUGUGUUGUCUUAAGCUACCCAGUUAGCAGUACUAUGUUCAGGCGGGCAGCCCCAGGAAUACAACAAUACUAAUCUGCCUUUUGGAGAGAGAGAGUGUCGGUGGGGGGGGGGGAGCUGGCCUUGCAGGCAGCCAAGCAAAGUUCCUUCCUCAACACCCGAUACAGUCCCCUGAGCACUGCCAAGAUUGAUCCCUGAGUGCAGAACCAGGAGUAAGCCUUUCGCAUUGUUGGGUGUGCGGUCCAGUAGCAACAAACCCCCCACAUAUUAAUUUGCAUCUGGGCCCCCAGGAUGCACAAGCGUGUGCUUCAGCCCUUUGAGACGUCUUUGCCACCCAGUGACGGCGCACUUCGCCCCGUAUCUAGUUAAGGGUCACUUUUAUUUAUUUAUUUAUUUAUUUUGCUUUUUGGGUCAUACCUGGCGAUGCACAGGGGUUCCUCCUGGCUCUGCACUCAGGAAUUACUCCUGGCGGUGCUCAGGGGACCAUAUGGGAUGCUGGGAAUCGAACCUGGGUCGGCCACGUGCAAGGCAAACGCCCUACCCGCUGUGCUAUCACUCCAGCCCAAGGGUGACUUUUAAAGAUAGCCUUUCUAUUUGGGAAUGCCUAAGUUUACAGAAAGAAUGCAAUGGCCCUGGUAUUCCUCUGUCCCCACUCUCCCCAGCAUGUAUUCCCAUGGGCGCAUGUCAAAGAGCCUGGACAAUCCCAUCUCACCAGUUCUGAUCAACAUUGCAUUUAGAUGUAUUUCUCCAUCUCCCCGAGUCGUUUCCCCAGUCCCCUGACGGGUGGCCGCAGGUUACUUGGUUGCGCUCGGUGGGGGCUGUAAUUUGGUUGCAGAUGUCCCAGGAAACCAAAGCGCAGGCUGUCAGGGCUGCCUUCAGUGAUGGAGGGAAUUUGCCAGGAAGGGGUCAAACUCAUUCACGGCCUUCCAUCUGCCAGGCAAUUGGUCUGCAUCCCCAGGCACAAAGGCAGUUUCUUUCCUUGGUUUUGACCUUAGGACUUUGGAGAGUGGGGUGUGUCUUGGGACAGCACCAAGCAUUGUUCAUGGGACUGAUGUUUCCAUGCAGUGCUGGCAGUGUGUAUGUACAUGGGCUUGGCUCCAUGCGAAGCAGGUUCCUUAAUCCUGGCCUCUAGCCCUUGAAUUUGAUACUGUUCAGCCUAAAUUUAUCUUGUUUUUUUUUUUUUGAAAUUGGCUAGGAAGCCCAUGUUUUUCUCUAGAGCGUAUUUCCCUGCUCUGCUUUUUCUACUCUGGAGAAGUCUGCUCUCUUGAAUAUGUAACUCCUUCGUCUAAAUUUCUUUUUUUUUUUUUUUGCUUUUUGGUUCACACCCAGCAAUGCUCGGGGGUUACUCCUGGCUUUGCACUCAGGAAUUACUCCUGGCAGUGCUCAGGGGACCAUAGGGGAUGCUGGGAUUUGAACCUCAGUCUGCCGCAUGCAAGGCAAACGCCCUACCCGCUGUACUAUCCCUCCGGCCCUAUCACGUCUAAGUAACUUUGUUUCACUGAAAAAAAUAAAAAAUAACCUCCAAAAUUAAAUUGGUUAGGGACUAUGGGUUUUCGUAGUUUUUGUAGCAGGGGUUUGUGAGUAUGUCUGUCGGCUAUGUUUAGGGAUUACUCCUGGCAGAGCUUGAGGGACCACAGGGGGUGCCAGGGAUCAAACUGGGUUGGCUGUGUGCCAGCACGUGCCCUACCUGCUGUGCUCCAGCCAAGGAGGUAUGGCUCUUUGAAGAGGUAUCAAGUUUUCAUCACAUCCCAGUGAUCAAGUGUGAGUACUAACCUUACCACUUGGUUCAUUAGUGUCUACCAUGCUUCUCUGCAGUGAAGUCAGUAAUUUCACAAUCAUUAAGAAAAUAAAUGAACACUGAGGUCCGCCUUCUAGAAGGCAGAGUACCUGCACUGUUG